GGGCUGGCACAGCCUCCUCUCUCUGACCCGCCUCAUGCCGGUCGUCAGGCCUGGCUGUAUUUGGAGAAUCCUCCCUUGUUUCUGGAGCAAGAGGCGGGCCUUUGGGAAGCAGGAAUGCGCUGGAAGUUUUCCUGCGAGCUCCCUCUUCACAUGUUGAAGAGUCCCGCGUCUCGAUAUGGACAUGUGGCCGCUCGUGCUCCUGUUCGUCCAGCUCUGCUUCUGCUCCGGAUAUGAAGGGUCAGGACAGUACGCCUACGGAGAUGACGAGGACUGGUAUUCUCGUAGAUAUAAAGGGACACCGUGGUGCGCGCCCAUUAAGUUGAAGCAUGGGGACGUGAGCUGCCGCACACCCAGAGGAGAGCACUACAGGAAUGUGAUGGGGACUCGCUGUAAAAUCCGCUGCAAGCAGGGCUACGAGUCCCAGAGCGCAGAGGUGGUGUGCAUGGCCAGCAAACACUGGUCCUCCAACUACGCCUGCAGAGAGAUCCGCUGUGCCAAGCUGGACAUGCCGGAUAACGGCGGCUACAAGUGUUCAGACGGUUCUUACUUCAACUCUCGCUGCGAGUUCUUCUGCUCCCCUGGAUUCACUCUGAAGGGCCAGAAGACGGCAACCUGCCAGCACAGCAAGGUGUGGAGCGCCGGCGUCCCCACCUGCGUGGAUAUGGAUUCUCCAAAAAUCAAGUGUCCUAAUUUGAAGGACAAGUGGGCAGAACCAGGGAAACUGACAGCGAGGGUGACCUGGGACACACCAGAGGGCGUCGACACCGCAGAUGGCAUCCUCACAGAUGUUGAACUGAAAGGAAAACCUUCAAAAUCAGACUUCCCUGAGGGACUCCAUAAGAUGUCGUACACCGUGUUUGACCGUGCGGGUAACAAAGGAUCCUGUCGCUUCACUGUCAGAGUGCGAGUGCGCCGCUGCAGCCCACUCUUUCCGCCAGACAACGGUUACAUGAAGUGUGACAGUGACAGAGACAACUACGGAGCCACUUGUGAGUUCAAGUGCACCGGCGGCUAUGAGAUUCAGGGCAGCGUGGCCAGAGUGUGUCAGUACGGACUCACCUGGUCAGGCACAGACACCACCUGUGCAGCCAUGAACAUUAACGUGGGAGUGCGGACGGCUGCUGCACUGCUGGACCAGUUCUAUGAGAAACGGCGGCUCCUCAUUAUCUCGGCCCCAACGGCUGCCAAUCACAAUUACCGCUUCCAGAUGACUAACCUACAGCAUGCUCAGUGUGGAUUGGAUCUGAGGCACGUCACAGUCAUCGAGCUGGUUGGGACUUACCCGGCUCAAGUUGGCCGAAUUCGACACAGGCUGCUCCCUCCAGCACUGUCCCUGCAGCUCAGAUUACUGCUCCGGAUCCCUCAGAGAUCUUUCCAGAUGGUGCUGGUGGACAAGCAGGGCAUGGACAAGCAACGCUACCCGUUCCCGAUCACAGCGGCUGAAUUAUUCACCACCAUCGACACCUUCCCCAUCCGCAAGGACGAGAUGGUGCUGCAGCAGGAGGCGGGUCAGACCUGUCAAUCAUAAAAACACGUCCGUGGACUCUCAGCCACCUUCCAUCCUUCUCCUCCUCAGUCACAGCAGACAGAUCUCCAGUUUCUAACACGUCACACACUCUACCUGAACUCAGUCAGUUACCAGAAGGUGUGAGCACGUCUGUGUGUGUGUGUGUGUGCGUGUGUGUGUGUAGAGCGGGUCACACAGUACAUAACAAUCAUAUUGAUUCCUGUGUCUUGUCUAUUUGUGUGUUUUAUUAUUAUUAUUAUUGUUAUUAUUAUUAAUAAUAUUUCCGAGGCAGAAACAUGUUUUACUAUUUUGUACAAAAAAGUCUUUUUACUGUAUGAACUGGGAAACUCUUCACCUGUUUAAUAUUUAUAUCUCACAUCUUUUAAUAAUGAUGUAAACUCUCUGGAAUAAUGUGUGUGUGUGUGUGUGUGUGUGUGUGUAUGUGUGUGUGUGUGUUUUGUAUUUUAUGUUUUAGUAUGCUGUUCAUCUGUAUCUGAAUUUACAAGACACUGAUUAAAUAUGUCUAUCAUCCAGGAUGUGAUCUCCAUCUUUAUCAACUUAUUUUUGUCUAUUUUAUAAAUGAUCAAUUUAUCUGAAAAUCACAAAAAACAUCCAUUAUUUAUUUAUUUAUUAUGAUUAUUUUGUCAUUUUCUAGCCCAACUUUCAACUAUAUUUACAUUCCCGCUUAUAUUCUACUGUUUUUUCAAAAUAUGAAAGAAUCAGAAUCUGAUUCUGCUCAUGUAAACAGCAUAUUCUGUUUUCCUAAAUUAAGCUUUUUCCCCCAGUUAGGGCACAUGAGAUAUGCUGAUAUUCUCCAGGUUUUAGGAGCAUUCUUUGGACAUGUCAGUGCAUUCUGACUUUUUAACCACAGUUUCCUGUUUAUGUUCAGCUCUGUGUGUUUCUAUAUUUGUUGUAAACAAACUAAUUAGCCAACAGUGUGCAAGGCUGCCGUAGAGAUGCAUGCCAAAAACAAAAGCCAACAUUUCUGCUCGGCAGAGAAAGAUUUUUAGGUUUUCAACAAGUUAACAUCAUG